AUGCAAUCUCAGUAUAAUCUGAUGAUGGAAGGGGUUGAUGUGAAGGAUCCAAAAACAAUGGAAAGUGUGGCAUUUGAUGGGAAAUCAAUGGGGGAGAUUAUGUUCAGAGGCAACAAAUCGAUGCUGGGUUAUCUGGAGAAUUCAAAACCAGCUCAUGAGGUUUUCAAGGGUGGAUGGUAUAGGACUGGUGACCUGGCAGUUAGGCAUCCAGAUGGGUACAUUCAGAUGAAAGACAGGGCAAGGGAUAUUAUCAUUUGUAGUGGUGAGGUUAUCAGCACCCUUGAGGUGGAGGCAUUGAAGGAGGGGUUUGGUGGUGGUGUUGAGGCAAGUUCUAGAGAGAUUAUAGAGUUUUGUGAGGGGACAUUACCUGGUUUUACGGUUCCAACAGUUAUGAUAUUUGGGGAUUUGCCUAGCCCAACUGGGAAGAUGCAAAAAUUUGUUCUAAGGGAGAAGGCCAAUCUUGUGCGAGGCCAAGAAUAA